AUGCAUUCUAAGAAGAAGUUGCCCUAUGACCCUGGCACUUUGCCACCGGACAAGCGCUUUCGCGCUAAUUUGUCUGAUUUGUUUCUAAGUGGUGACCUUGCAGCCCAGCGUGCCCAUUCCCUGUUUGCAGAUGCCAAUGCUGCUGGGACACACCAUGUCACUGACCUUGCUGGAAACAAAAGACCAGAUGGCAAUAGCGCGCGUGAUUUGCUCCGACGCCUUCGAAAGAGCUCCCACUGGCCACCUUUGUACUGGGCAGAUAUCCCUGUGUGGUUAGACAAGAAGCAGAAAGAAGAAAUCGUGCAAAUUCCUUUUCUCUUACCCCACGAAGUUGUCCAUGCAAUGUUCCAGUGGACAGACAUCGGCAAUUUUUCCGAUUUGGCCCACCUGCCAACGGAUGAAAGAGCUUUGCUGGAGACUGGCAAAAUACUUCUUGGCCGCGAUGUGCCUCUGCUGCCCCUGGGCCUCUGGAUGGAUGGUGUCUCAUGCAAUUGGGAUCGCUCCCACAGUUUGAACGUCUUGACCAUUAGUUUUCCCAGCGCAUGUGGCCCUCAUAGGAGUGUCCGCAUACCAUUGUUUGGCAUCAAGCAACACUUUUGCAGCAAGCACAAAACAUUUGAUGCAGUCUUCGAAGUUAUUUGCUGGUCCUUGCGAAUGUUGUUUCUGGGUGCCAUGCCUUCUUGCCGACAUGAUGGCCAACCUUUCGCAACUUCUGAUGCUGGUCGGAAAAACUGGGCCGAGAAGCCGCUGCAGCGCUGCAUGCUGACCCAAGUGCGAGGAGAUUGGAAGAUGCUCAAAGAUGUUUUCCGCCUACCUCAGCACAAUGAGAAGGCUGGCUGCUGCUGGCUUUGCCCAGCUACGCCCGACAACAUGAGGGAUGCUUCAGCAGCUGCGCCGUGGAGGGUGCCUUGGUGCACGACGGACUUGGUCCAAAGACUGCUAGCCCAAGGCCAUCUUUGCAGCCCGCUGUUUUCGCUGCCAGCCUUUACCAUCAACAUGUUCAAGCUAGAUUGGCUUCACAUCAUGGACUUGGGCGUCGCUGCUGAUGUUGCUGGAAAUGUUCUUUGGGUAUUGCAAGGCAAGAUGCCGGGUGCAAAUGUGAAGAUGCGCGUCAGCAAGCUGUAUUUGCAAAUUGCCAAAUACUACAAAGAAACCGGGGUGCAGGACAAAUUGAAUACUUUGACUGAAACCAUGAUUCGAAAGAGCAGCACCACCCCGCCAAAGUUGACAGCUGGGGCUGCCGAGUGCCGCCACCUGAUUCCUUGGCUUCUGCAAGCAGCAAAAGAAUGUUUGAAUCCCAACGAUGCUUUCGAGGAUACGGUCAUCCAGGCCAUCUCGUGCUUAUCUACCAUGUAUGACCUUCUCUCCAACUACGCUCGCUCAAAGAUGCGGCACGCGGCCGGGCGAUUGGCUCUUCUCUUGGCUGCGCUGCGCGACGCUUCUGAGGAUCCACUCUGGCGAAUGAAACCAAAGGUGCAUUUGAUGCUGCACUUGGCUGAGAAUCUGCACAGCCCCGCUGAGACUUGGACGUAUUCAGAUGAGGACUACGGCGGCUCCGCUGCCCGUUCCAUGCGGUCGCGUGGCGGCACCGACACUCCCAAAGUGGCCGGAGAAAAUUUGCUCCAAAAGUUUUGCUGCCGACACGACCUCCCCACUGCUCUCGGCAUCGGAAAAUGCGAUUGCAGCGCUCCUGCUUUUCAUUCUUUGUUAGGAGUCGUUUGA